GCUGUGUCUGCUUGACUCAUCGGUCAGCCUUCCAAGGCGACCCACCAGAAAAUAUAAAAGAAAGCUACGCUCGGCAGUCAGAUUUCGUAUACACAAUGGCCACAAUGCGUAAUCGGCACAUCGACGGAAACAUGCAUCCUUCUCCUAUCAUCAACCUUCCCAGUGAACUCUUUCUACAGAUUCUGGAGAAUAUCUCGGACAUAGGAUACCUCUGGGCGACAGUGCGCCUUGUCUCUAAGUCUUUCAAAAUCCACACCGAACGGGUGUUUCAAUCGAGCCACCUUCCGACCCUGUCGAUCUCACUCUCACUGCCGCGAUACGAUCCAGCAACUGGUACCCUGCGGUAUCGCGGCUACGUCCCACAAACCGAAGUCACUCUGCGUUACGCUAGCCUGGACCAGGGCAAUCGCCGCGUCGUAAUGGCUACAUCCACGAUGGCCCCGAACGGUGAAAGCAUGGCAGACUUGAAGGCCGCCGGUGUGCUGUCGGUGCAACGACUGGAGGAGGCGACGAUAUGGGUGUGGUUCGGGCGCAACCGAGGGAAAGGAGUGGGUAUGGAGAAUCUGGGGAAUAUCCGCUGGGAUGAUGAGCAGAAGAUAUGGUUUUGGGGGGUGGAAUGGAAGAAACUCGUCAAGGCGUAUUUCGAAGCAAAAGGGUCGAAAAGACGCUCCCAGAGAAACUUGGUUAGGCGAGCACGACACGGUGGGCCGUAGCCGAGUACGAGGAUGGUGCCAUUACGGUUGAUUUGAGGAGCCACAGUGCCUUCCUGUGCUUUAUUCCGUACUUGCGUUUUACCAUGGGCUUUAAGAGUCGGGAUAGAAUGGGGCACG